UCAAAGCGGUGAAGAUUUUGAUCCAAAGCGAUGACGUCCAUUCCGGAAUUAUUUGGGCCCUGCAAGCCUACUGGGCUUUGCGCAUCGCCGAGGCAUAUCUCACGCGCGUGACUGCACGUGACACGAACCUAGAUCUCUCCAGGGUUUUGCCGCUUCACUCUUCUCUCUCUGUAUUCAGCCAUUUGCAUUCUCCUCACGACAGAGCUAUUCGAAAAACAGAUCCAAGAACCCGAUCGUCAUUGAGCUAGGGUUCAUAUCUGUCCACCUCGGAGCCAUGCACUCACCUGUAGUCGUUCUCAAUGAUUCUUUGAAUCGUGAAUCUGGCAGCAGGGUGCACCAUGCCAAUAUCCAAGCUUCGAAGGCUGUGGCUGACAUAAUUCGCACUACCUUGGGUCCACGAUCCAUGUUAAAGAUGCUUCUUGAUGCUGCAGGAGGAAUUGUAGUGACUAAUGAUGGGAAUGCCAUCCUCAGAGAGCUAGAUCUUGCUCAUCCAGCUGCUAAGUCCAUGAUCGAACUGAGCCGCACACAAGAUGAAGAAGUAGGUGAUGGGACAACGUCAGUCAUAGUUCUUGCUGGUGAAAUGCUUCAUGUUGCCGAGGCUUUCAUUGACAAGAGCUUUCACCCUACAGUUAUUUGUCGAGCCUACAGCAAGGCUCUUGAGGAUGCUAUUGCAGUUCUUGACAAGAUUGCUAUGCCUAUCGAUGUGAAUGACCGUGUCACAAUGAUGGAGUUGGUGAAGAGUUGUAUAGGCACAAAAUUUACCAGUCAAUUUGGGGAUCUGAUUGCUGAUUUGGCGCUCGAUGCUACUACGACUAUCGGCGUGGACCUCGGUCAAGGACUCCGGGAAGUUGACAUUAAGAAGUACAUAAAGGUUGAGAAAGUUCCUGGCGGACAGUUGGAGGAUUCCAAGGUUCUUAAAGGAGUUAUGUUUAACAAAGACGUUGUUGCGCCUGGGAAAAUGAGAAGAAAAAUAAUUAACCCACGUAUCAUUUUACUUGAUUGCCCUCUUGAGUAUAAGAAAGGGGAGAAUCAAACAAAUGCGGAGUUGGUUAGAGAAGAAGACUGGGCAGUCCUCCUGAAAAUGGAGGAAGAAUAUAUUGAGAGUAUUUGUUUGCAAAUACUGAAGUUCAAACCCGACUUGGUCAUAACAGAAAAAGGACUUAGUGACUUAGCUUGCCAUUACUUUAGUAAAGCUGGAGUGAGUGCAAUAAGGAGACUGAGGAAAACAGAUAACAACAGAAUUGCAAAAGCUUGUGGUGCGACCAUUGUGAACAGACCGGAUGAACUUCAGGAAUCAGAUGUAGGAACUGGGGCUGGACUUUUUGAGGUUAAGAAGAUCGGAGAUGAGUUCUUUGCUUUUGUUGAUAACUGCAAAGACCCUAAAGCAUGUACAGUUCUUUUACGAGGUGCUAGCAAGGAUCUCUUGAAUGAGGUCGAGAGAAAUUUGCAGGACGCUUUGUCUGUGGCGAGGAAUAUCUUAAAGAAUCCAAAACUUCUUCCUGGUGGUGGUGCGACAGAGUUAACUGUGUCUGCUACUCUGAAGCAGAAGAGUCAAUCUAUUGAAGGCAUUGAGAAGUGGCCUUACGAAGCUGCUGCAAUUGCUUUCGAAGCUAUACCACGGACUUUGGCGCAGAAUUGUGGUGUCAAUGUGAUAAGGACUAUGACUGCGCUGCAGGGGAAGCAUGCAAAUGGAGAAAAUUCAUGGAUUGGUAUAGAUGGAAAUACUGGUGCAAUUUCGGACAUGAGAGAGCGAAAGAUUUGGGAUGCUUAUAAUGUGAAAGCACAGACCUUUAAGACGGCCAUUGAGGCAGCUUCCAUGCUUCUUAGGAUUGAUGAUAUUGUUAGCGGAAUCAAAAAGAAGCAAACGCCAGGGUCAACUCCAUCGAAACCAACAAUCGAGCAAGAAGGGGAGGCUGAUAAUGAGCAAAUGAUCCCCGAGUAAAAAAACCUCAGCUAACUAAAACCAGAGAAAAUCUGACGUAUUUGAAGACCCUAUCAUCGUGCUCGAAGAAGGAACUUUUUGUUUCCCUAGGGUUCAAUUCCUUUUUCGGGCCAUUGGUUCACGGAAUUUUGUUGUUGCGCAAACCUGAUUUUGUUACCUCCUUCGCUUUUCACUGGGUUGUCUUACUUUUCGUUUUAUUGAAGAAACUGUUAUGUGAUCAUUGACAUGAUCGCAUAACAAGUUGGAACUGUGGUGAGGAGGCUUCUGUUUUGGCUUCACAUUUGGAUAUGGAAUUGUGAAGGAAAGAAUCACUACUUGAAUUUGUGGAGGAAAA